AUGGUCCAAUCCAUUGGCGUCAUUGGACUUGGUGUCAUCGGGCACGGCAUCGCCAGUAAUCUUCGCAAGAAACUACCACGAGACACUGCUUUCCACAUGUUCGACGUCAACAAAGCCGUCUGCGAUCGAUUCGUCCAAGAAUACACCCAAUAUGGCAGCGUCAACAUCUGUCGAUCAGUGAAAGACCUUGCGAGCCAAAGCGAAAUUGUCAUCUCAAGUCUCCCAUCUACCAAAAUCGUUCGAGACGUUUACCUCAAGGGCGACGGCGUACUUGCAGCAACUCCAUCGCCAAACAGACUUCUCAUCGAAUGCAGCACCAUCGACAUCGACGACACAAUCGAAAUCGGCAACAAAAUCAUGCAAGCCGGACUCGGCACUUUCGUCGACGCCACAGUAUCAGGCGGAGCCUGGGACGCGCGAGAAGGCCAACUAGCCUUCAUGGUCGGCCACCCAACAAGCGUCGACAAAACCGGCCACCAAAUCCACUCCAUCCUAUCCCUCGUCGGCGUCCCCUCAAAAAUCCGCUUCUGCGGCAAAUUGGGCAUGGGCCAAGUCGCCAAAAUCGCUCACAAUUACGUUUGUAUCGUGAAGCUUUUGACUGCUACAGAAGGUAUGGCGUUGGGAAUUAGAUACGGAAUUGACAAGAAAGUUCUAUGGCAGUGUAUGACAGACGGCGCGGCAAAUUCUUGGGUUAUGGGGCUUGAGCAGCCUGUGCUGGGGAUUGUGGAUGAUGCGCCUUCGAGUCGGAAUUUUGAGAGGGCUUUUGCGGUGAGGUUGGGGUUGAAGGAUUUGGGGAUUGCGAUGAGGGCGGCGGAGAAGGUGGGAUUGGAGCCUAGUGUUGGGAAUGUGGCGUUUGAGGCUUUUAGGAGGGUGGAUGAGGAUGAGAGGACGAGGGAUCUUGAUCAUAGCUCGAUUUGGUUGCAUGUUACUGGUAUGCUGGAUGAGUGGUUCAAGGAACAUAAAGCUAAGCUCUAG